AUGGCGUAUUGGCAUGAUGAGGUCAGGUGGCACGGGCAGACCAGCCAACAGAUACUUGUAUAUCAUGGCUUGAUGCUCGAGCUCUUGUCGUUGGAUAGCUGUAAACGGAUUAGAGGAGACAGCAUAGGGGGCUGCCUGCGGUGGGGGGCAACAUGGGAUUGGAGCGGAGGGUGGUGGCUUGUUGGCGGGUCCCUUGGGGCCGAGGGAGAAAAUGAUGGGGAUAGAAAUAAUGGACUUCCUUUAUUCAUAAUGGGUCAUAUACAGACGGGCAACAACACCAGGAUAGUUUAUCCGAGCAAACUUCCGAGCUUAUAUCAGCAUCACUAUAAGCAAGCCAUGCCCUAA